UAUCUUCUGACCAAUCAGAGAGAGCGGGGGGCGGGCUUCCGCGGACGACAGCCAAUCCCGUGUCACGUUUGUAUUACGUUACUUCGCCUUAGUCGCAUCCGGGUGAGCACUUUGUGGUCCGCUCAGGUUGUUGCUUUGAAGCUUGGGCCUUGGUCUUCAGGAUGUGCGGGUCGUUUCGGGUGCUGCUGCAGGUGCUGUGGGCCCAGCUUCUCUGUGGGUGGGUGCUGGGCUCCGAGCUCACUUUUGAGCUGCCAGACAACGCCAAGCAGUGUUUCUACGAGGACAUCAUCAUCGGAACCAAGUGUACACUGGAGUUUCAGGUGGUGACAGGUGGCCAUUAUGACGUGGACUGUCGUUUGGAAGACCCAGAUGGCACUACACUCUACAAGGAGAUGAAGAAGCAAUAUGACAGCUUUACCUUCACUGCGUCCAAGAACGGCACCUACAAGUUCUGCUUCAGUAAUGAGUUCUCCACCUUCACACACAAGACCGUUUAUUUUGACUUCCAGGUCGGCGAUGACCCUCCACUCUUCCCCAACGAGAACAGAGUUACUGCUCUCACCCAGAUGGAAUCAGCCUGCGUGUCCAUCCACGAAGCCCUGAAGUCGGUUAUCGACUACCAGACACACUUCCGCCUCCGUGAGGCCCAGGGACGCAGUCGGGCAGAGGACCUGAACACCCGUGUUGCAUUCUGGUCCAUCGGAGAAGCCAUUAUCCUUUUGGUGGUCAGCAUCAGUCAGGUGGUCCUGCUGAGAAGCUUCUUCUCUGACAAGAAGACCACUACAACACGCGUCGGAUCAUAACAGUCUCUGAGCCCUGGGAUCUGAUUCGUCUUUUUCUUUAUCCGUACCUCGGCUUGUGUGCAUAGAGCGAGUCAGAAUAUUAGUGCUGAUCUGAAAUUGGAUCAUAUCAAACUGCCAGGUCAUACAACCUGACAUGUCAUCCUCAUUCAGCAUUGGUAUUCUUACAAACUUUAUGCAAAUUAGGAGGAAAAAGGUUAUUUGUGUUUAAAUUGUUUUUGAGGGGGUUAAAGAGAACCGGAAGAAAUGCUUGCUUGUGUUGCUUGUAACUAUCUGUAUUGGAGGCAGGUCAAGCCACUGGUCAUAUAGUUAAAGCAAACCGUAAAUACUUUAAAUAUUUGAAAUUGUUUCUAAAUGUGUUCUCAUUUUAUUUGUGUCCUUUUCGAUCCCCAUUAUCUCAGACCCCCUCUCCCUGAUCUGUUUCAUUUUUCAUCCCAAACUGUGCACUGAAAUAACCAAGGGAGUGGAAGUUGUGACUUAAUGUACUCGAGGAUUUCUUUCCUUAUCUGCAGAGCAUUGGGGCUCUAAAACCACAUUGUCAAGGCAAAGGAUUUGGUUAUGAAAAAAUCUGUUGUUUUAUUUUUUUUCUUUGUUAUUAAACCUCACUGUGUUAAGUGAGAGACUAGAUUUUUGUGUUUGCUUUUAUCAGCUUUGUCAUUUUAGAGGAGUUAUUAGAAGGGAGUAUGCUGUACAGAGAGUAAGCCAUCCUUUAAUCUAUUAAUAGCUUGAAAAAGGUUUGUAUUUGGGUUGAAGGGUUGAAUUUAGAGAUGCAGACAGUCUCCCUGUAGGACUGCAACCAAUUCCUUUAGUAAACUAAGUCAAUUUUUCAACUUUUAGAUUCCAUUUGCUCGAUUAUACAUUGAGCUAAAGUCAUACUUUGACCACACCUAGGUGAGUGGUCUCCAGGUACAGGUUGGGGCUUCUUUAUUACAUCAAUGUGAUUCAGUGUGGGAGACAAAAAAAGAAGGAGAAAUAACUAAUACUAUUAUUGUGUUUUAAAAAUGACACAUAUGGUGUGUUAAGUGGCAAUGCCGGCAAUUUCAAGUGCACCAACUUGUUAUAAAAACUUUGUCUUUCACUGGUUGUGUUCCAAUGUCUAAUUCUGCCUUUGCUGUUUGAAGUGUAACAACUUAUUUAUCUCUCGGGCUGAUAUUGUCCUCUUGGUUUUAUACAGCACUGUUGUAAAAUUCAUGUUGUUUUGCAAAAAUAUUGCUUGAAUAUAAGAUAAUUCUAGUAACUUUGAGUUGUAGUUGUAAUUUGAAAUUUGAUCCCCUCACUGAUUACUCAGUUCUCUAAAGGAGGGAGGAAGAUCUUGACAUAUUUCUCUAAUAUGACUAGUUGUGGCCCUUUCCUCAAUCAUUUUUUAUUUAAUUACUUGGCAAUACUGAAAUGAAAAACAGGCUUUCAAGUUUCAUUCUUCAGAUUUUCAGGAAGCACAACAUAUAGCAGUUGUGGGCUUAGUUUAAUCUGUCGGUCAGUCAGCAGGUCAAUCUUUCUCUCACUAAUCACUGAUUUACAGACAAUAGCUGACGGCUUUUAGACAAAGGCUUGUCUGAAACAUGAGAUAAUUGUCAUUCUGCAGUUUACAUGUAUAAUCUCACACAGUACACAACAUCAGAUCAACUCCUGGCAAAGAUAGAAGACGUCACUGUUGUAAUGUGAGAAUUUUAUCAUAAAUAUAACUUUUAUAUUUACAACAAAGACAGAUUACUUCUACGCCUAAUCCACUGAAAGACCUGACUUUUAUAGUUUGGUCUUGUUUAACUGUCAGAAUUGAUUCCAGACACAUGGAAGAACUGCUAAAAGAUUUAUUAUUAUUACAAUUUAUUGGUCCUGGCCUUGGCUUCCUAACUUUUGUUAUGCUUGCCUUUCUCUCGCUAUAGAUCAGUUUUGGUAGGCGGCACAGUGCUGCCAUUUCACUUUUAGAUUUUUGCACUGGCCGGUCAGUUUUGGACACAAAUUCAGCUCUGCUCGGCAUUCUGGGGAACUUUGUUAAAUUAUUGGGAUGGCUGAAUAAACUUUCUGUUUAAAUG